AUGCAACUGUACGAGAACAUCAUGUUGGCUGAUGCCGAAACCAUAAAGGUUCAGCAAGAGACUUUGGAAGCUCAACAAGAGGUUGUUAGAUCGCAGGCGCACAUCAUCCAGCAGAUGCGAGACAUUCUUGAAGCUCAAGAUGCUCAAAUUUUACAAUUGGAGGAGACGAUUGUUGAUCUAAGGGGAAGAGCACGCUAA